GCAGCAUCCCUCCACUUCGACACCCAUGCUUACAUAUUGUUUGUUUGUUAUCACAUCGACUAUCAUUAUUGUAUUACUCUGUUGACACAGGGCUGUCCUAUAUUCACAGCUAAUCAUGACUUGUUCUGAUUAUGACAUCGAUCUUCAUCCAUGACCACCACGUUAAUAUUGCCUCCUGUUGCCACUGGCACGAACGACUUGUUCCCAUUGACAGAUCCAAACGAAUCGUCACAAGUUAAUACAAACAUCGAUCGUGAACAAUUGCCCAACGUUGCGACAUAUAUCUCAAGUUCAAACAUCACACCUGAUCUGUAUAAGGAACUCCAGCACAUCUUCAACACCUACAAGGUGUUUCCCGAGAUAGAUGCCAUGGAGGGUUACAUCGCGCCUGCCCCGGAUUCUUCCUGGGCGAUUGGGCUCAAUCCAUUAGGCAUCUUUGCAAGGCACCAAGAGGAAAAUGUAUCGAGGUACCUCUACGAUCCUGUUGUGAUCCUAGAUGAACAGACGGCACGGGACAUGAGUGUGGUUAUUGUCAGCGGAGUAAUCAAUGAACAGGAGCAGGAGGAGGCGAAGAUGUUGCGAAUUGCACCUCAGAUGGUUCAGGUGGUGGCUUCAAAUUUGGAAAUCGCAAACCAGGCUUUAGACGAUUUUAUAGAGACGGCCGAUAGCGACGGUAUCUGGCGUGGGUGGGCAGAGUUCAGAGUUGAGGCCAUAUCAGGCCCGAAGGCACGCUUAUGAGAGAAUUGUACACGAAACCUUCACAAGGAUAUCUUAGUUCUUCUGAUCUUACGUUCUGGUAUCCCGUGGUUUGAGUUCCAGAUCCGAAAUACACUAGAAUGAAAUUAAGUCUUCCUCCACAGCUUAUAUGUCGAUAAAAAUUAAGUCUACAUC